GUUAUAAUUUCAAAGCCAAUCAUAUACAUGAAUUACCUUUAUAAAAUCAGUAUACAUGGUUAAGUUUAUUUUAGGUAAUAAAUACUAAACUUUUAUAUAUUGUUAUAGAGUAAAACAGUAUAACUUUAUGUCGAAUAUAACAAACUAUACGUUAUCGGAGGCCUACUGUCCGGCUCCGGUAGAUAUGAGCAAAGAUUAUGUGGACAUCACAAAUAGCAUCACAAAUCCUAUCUCAUACAUACUGUACGACUACUGGAUCGAGGAGUCCGACCCUCGGGUUAAGGGCUACUGGUUAUUUGAUGGUAACCCUGCACCAUUUGUCAUAUUAAUGCUCUCAUGGCUACUGUUUGUCAAGAAGUUGGGCCCGAAUUUCAUGAGAGACCGGAAACCAUACGAAUUGCGAGAAUUAAUGAUGAUUUAUAACUUCAUAUUAGUUGUCAUUAAUAUAUACGGCGUUUACGUGUCCUUCAAAUGGCUUCACUUCGGACGCAAAGUAUUUGACGUAAAACUUCCCGAUAAACACAUAAUUACACCGGAAAUUGAAAAUGAAAUUUCCGAGAAAAUGAUUAUAUUUUACUCGAAAUUAAUUGAUUUAUUGGAUACAGUAUUCUUUGUGUUGAGAAAAAAGUCAAACCAAAUCUCGUUUCUUCACGUCUAUCACCAUUUUUUGGUGCCAGUAUUGGGUUGGACGGCAUUCUCGCUAAACAGUAUCCAAAGUUGUAUUUUCGGUGUAUUCGUAUCACUCAACUCGACAGUCCAUGUGAUUAUGUAUUCAUAUUAUCUAUUGUCGGCAUUUGGACCCCAAAUACAGCCCUAUUUAUGGUGGAAGCGAUAUAUCACACGAUUGCAGUUAAUACAGUUCGCUAUACUUAUAGUCUAUGCCAUCAUAUUGUUCACAGUCAUGGAUCUGUCCGAUUAUCCCAUUGCCAUCAAAUGGAUAGUCAUUGUCCAGCCAUUCAUCUUCUUUUAUAUGUUUUUCAAGUUUUACUUUAAAACAUAUAAACAUAAAAUCAAAUUCAUUAAAAGGAUUUGA